GGUAUUACGGAGCAGGCGCGUUUAUCUCGGGAUACGGACGCUGUUGCUUCUCGACGCUGAUUUUCCCGACAGUUUAUAAUCGUACCUCGGAAAAUUCGGCGUCGGGAGAUCGAUAACGGGUGGAAAUCCCGCCCAGAUUUUUCAUUUUCAUGUUUGUUAAUUCGGUAGUUGGUUUUCCAUUGGAUUAAUUUGGAAAUUUUCGUUUUUCGAAAUCGAUAUCGCAUUUAUAAUUGCAGUUUAGAUAAGAAGAUGCAUUGUUAUUCAAGUUCCGGGGCGCUGCUUUCCAACGCGAGUUACAUCCAUUGCCGUUCCGAUUCCGAUAGCAGAUUGUACAAACCCGAAUCCCGAUGGAAACUAUCCGAUAGCGGAGAAUCCACCGUAUCCGAAUUGGACGAAUCGGAAUCGGGGACUUCUGAGUCAGGUGUAAACGUCGAUCCAAAUAUUCCUUAUCCAGGAAUAGCGCCGGUGACGCUUCGAUACCUUUCGCAAACGACUCGCCCCAGGAGUUGGUGUUUAGCUCUGGUUUCGAGCUCGUGGUUCGAAAGGAUAUCCAUGAUGGUGAUCCUACUAAAUUGCAUCACUUUAGGCAUGUAUCAACCUUGUUCGGAUAAAGAUCCUUGCACAACAAACAAAUGUAAAAUUUUACAGAGAUUCGACGAAUUUAUUUUCGCGUUUUUCUCUUUGGAAAUGACGAUAAAAAUGAUCGCCAUGGGCGUAUACGGUCGUGGAUCUUAUUUAGCCGACUCUUGGAACCGUCUAGAUCUAUUUAUAGUUAUAGCUGGUGCUUUCGAAUACGGUUUACCAAAUUUUAACAACAUCAAUUUCUCGCCAGUUAGAACAAUCAGAGUUUUGAGGCCUCUUCGGGCGAUAAACCGAAUACCCAGUAUGAGAAUAUUGGUUAUGUUACUUUUGGAUACAUUACCCAUGUUGGGCAAUGUAUUGUUAUUAUGUUUUUUCGUCUUCUUCAUUUUCGGUAUAAUCGGCGUUCAAUUAUGGCAGGGGAUACUCAGACAAAGGUGUGUCCUUAAUAACGAACAAUUUUCCCAUAUAACUUUCCCCAGUGAUUUGAGUUACUAUUACAAACCAGGAGAUACGGAUUACAUUUGUAGUAAAAAUGUUAAUUCCGGUAUGCAUUUUUGCAAUACGUUACCACCUUACAAAAACGGUUCGACCGUCUGUUUUUUAACCGUGGAGGAAAAGGAUUAUCCCGAAUAUAGAAACAACGAUUCUUAUUGCGUAAAUUGGAAUUUGUACUACACCCUUUGUUCGGAUAAAAACCAAAAUCCCUUCCAGGAUACUAUAUCCUUCGAUAAUAUCGGAUUAGCGUGGAUAGCGAUUUUUUUGGUCAUCUCUUUGGAAGGCUGGACUGAAAUUAUGUAUUAUAUACAGGAUGGACACAGUUUCUGGGAUUGGAUUUAUUUUGUAUUACUUAUAGUGAUCGGUUCUUUCUUCAUGAUCAAUUUGUGCCUUGUUGUGAUCGCGACGCAAUUUUCGGAAACUAAAAAACGAGAAAUGGAACGGAUGCGUUUGGAACGAGCCAGAUUCCAAAGUACGAGCACUUUGGCUUCGUCGACGAAUAACAGCGAGCCGACCAGCUGUUACGCGGAAAUCAUUAAAUACAUAGCCCACUUAUGGAGGAGAUUCAAAAGGAAAAUAAUGUUGAAAAUCAGAUUUUACAAUUUGAAAAGGAAUCAGAGGAAUCAGCUGAUCGCCGGUGAUACGAUCAGACUUAAUUCCACUAAACGCCAUCAUCCGAAUUGCUCCAAAUUGACUUUGAUGAGCUCGACGAAUCUGCUAUCCCCUCUAACGCCGUCUAUUUCCGGUAACGCGAGACGGUCUUCCGUUAUGUUUAGCGAUUUAAUUAUAUUGCACGGUCAAAAUAGCUCGACUACGGCCUAUAAAAAGAACGUAUGUUCGAGUGAAAAGACAACGCAAGCAGGUGAUGGCAAUAUCUGGCAAAUAAGCAGCUCUUCUCCGGAUCCAGCAGACGUCCAAGCCCAACUGAUUCAACGGCAAUGCAGCAGUUUGGUGGACGGCGAAACUCUAACCUGCCAAGAGCUCCUGGCCUUGGGGGCGAUCAACGCCGCCCUAUCCACAGGACAAAUACUCCUCGACGUCUUUUUCAAUUCGAUAUCGAAAGGAUUGAAGAAGGAUAGCGAGAAUAAUUACGUGAAGCGCCUCUCGGAGGAGGAUAACUUUUGUUGUUGCCAGGAUUUGUGGCGAGGGGAUGUCGAAUACGAGACCGAGAAACGUACCAAAUGUUACAUUUAUUCCUGUUUGGUUAUCAAGGGGAUAUUGAAGGUGUUCGAGGCGUUUAGAGGGAGGAUUAAGAAAUUGGUGGUGCACAAGAUAUUCCAGCACGGGAUAUUGUUGGCCAUAUUGAUAAAUACGCUUUCGAUGGGUAUAGAACACCAUAACCAAUCGGAAAUAUUGACGCACGUAGUCGAAGUUACCAAUAUCAUUUUUUCCGCUAUUUUCGCUAUCGAGAUGCUUCUCAAGAUAAUAUCCGAAGGACCUUUCGGGUAUAUUUCGAACGGGUUCAACGUUUUCGACGGGAUCAUUGUCGUAUUGAGUGCUGUGGAAUUGAUUAGGAAUUGUACGAGCGAUCUACAUACCGAUUCGGGAUUAUCGGUUCUGAGGACAUUCCGUUUAUUGAGGAUAUUGAAAUUAGUGCGAUUUAUGCCGAAUUUACGACGACAGUUAUUCGUUAUGCUUAGAACGAUGGAUAACGUCGCCAUAUUUUUCUCAUUACUCAUCCUUUUCAUAUUCAUAUUCAGCAUUCUGGGUAUGUAUCUGUUCGGUGGUAAGUUUUGCGUCUAUAUAGACGAUAAUGGUACCACCAGGGAUUGUAGCUGCGAUUUAAUGGACACGAAUAGAUGUCGUUGCGACCGGAAACAUUUUAAUGACAUCCUUUGGGCGACCGUCACCGUUUUUCAAAUUUUGACCCAAGAAGAUUGGAAUAUGGUUUUAUCGAAUGGUAUGGCGAAAACUUCGAAUUGGGCCGCCCUGUAUUUCGUAGCUUUAAUGACUUUCGGAAACUACGUCUUGUUCAAUUUAUUAGUCGCCAUUUUGGUCGAAGGAUUCAGCUCGGAAAGGCACGAAAGAAGGGAAAGGGAACAAAGGGAAUUGGCCAAAAGGAAAAUGUCGUGCAUUAUCGAAGCCAGCUUAAGACGGAAACGCGACAACGGCGACUAUUCACUUUCCAGUUCAUCGGAAAAUUGUUAUACGGAAUACAAAAAUUAUUGGAAGUCUCCGGAAAUGCGGAAUCUCAAGAAUUUCCACGAACGUCACUCCAGUUUCGAUUUCAAAGAUACGCACGUCAAUAAGAGCUGCCCUUAUUUAUAUCGCGAACCGAAAUGCAACAUCCAAAAGGAAUCUUUGGCCAAACUACCGAUUAAACAGUCGUCACCUCCAAUCAUCACGCAUACCGCAGCAACGCCGCAAGAUUCUCCGAGUACGACUCUAAAAGAUUUCCCGGAGUUUCACUAUAAACUAACUCCAGAUAGUACGCCAUCUACAGGCGAAGCAUCGCCAUCGAAUACCAACGUCAUUACGCAGAAAAUAGAGAAUUCGAAGCUGCUCGUUCCGCCGAAGCUGUCCCCGCCAGCUUCGACUUUUCACCGACAGUUCAAACAUAACUCGGAGGAUUCGAAUCGGAUAUGCAAAAUAGUGACUUAUAACGAAAAGAACGGCUCCAAUACUAUGACGUUUUCGGAGAAAGUUACGCCGUUACGCAAAAAUAACGGUCAAUCGGACGGUUCGCGUAGGACGGGAUUCAAACGGACGAAAAAUCAAAUACAGGAAGAAAUACCUUUGAAUAAUGGCAGGCAUCAUCUCCAACAAACCGUCAAAGGUCAAAGUCCGAUUCCGGCACAUUUGAGAAGGAAAAAUUGUUUCAAAAAAUCGCCGUUAGCUUCGAACAAGUUCCAAAAAACAAGUAAUUUCAAUAAUAAUAAUAAUAAUGAUAAAAACACAGUAAAAACUGAUAAUAAUUCGAACGAAAGUAUAUUACCUAAACUGAAUAUCAGAAGAGGUCUUAAAAGGAAAAUAAUGGACAAAAUCGGUUCCCUUAUAGAUUCCUCGGGAUGUUUAAAGGACAAAGAAGAUUAUUCUCUGUAUUUAUUUCCACCAGAAAAUAAAUUUAGGAGAUGUUGUUGUUGGAUAGUGAAGCAGAGCUGGUUCGAUAAUUUGGUUUUGAUAUUCAUAGCGCAAAAUUGUAUAACUUUGGCUAUGGAAAGACCGAAUAUACCGCCCGAAAGUCCCGAAAAAAUCUUCCUGCAAUCUUCCAAUUAUAUAUUUUCCAUAGUUUUCGCUACGGAAAUGUUCAUCAAAGUUGUCGCGAGCGGAAUGUGCUACGGACCUAACGCUUAUUUCACUUCCGGUUGGAAUAUAAUGGACGGUUCGUUAGUGAUCAUUUCCGUUGUGGAUAUCAUAAUGUUUUUAAUAAACGAUACGACUUCCAGAAUAUUCGGUAUAUUGAGGGUGUUCAGACUGUUGAGGUCUCUUCGUCCUUUGAGGGUUAUAAAUAGGGCGCCGGGGUUGAAACUUGUCGUACAAACUUUAUUAUCUUCCCUUAGACCGAUCGGGAAUAUCGUCCUGAUUUGUUGUACGUUUUUUAUAAUAUUUGGUAUACUAGGAGUUCAGUUAUUCAAAGGAACAUUUUAUUAUUGCGUCGGUGAAAAUCUGACCGGAAUCGAAACGAAAGACGAUUGCCUCGAAAGAGGUUACGUUUGGAAAAAUCAAAAAUAUAACUUCGACGAUUUAGUACAAGCUUUAAUGUCUUUAUUCGUCUUAAGCUCAAGGGACGGCUGGGUCAACAUUAUGUACACUGGCCUCGAUGCCGUAGGACUUGACAGACAGCCCAAAGUUAAUUACUCGGAAUGGCGUCUACUAUACUUCAUAGCAUUCAUUUUAUUAGUUGGUUUCUUUGUAUUGAACAUGUUCGUCGGGGUGGUGGUUGAAAACUUUCAUAGAUGCAGGGAAGAACAAGAAAAAGAAGAAAAAAUAAGGAAAGCCGCGAAGAGAGCUUUGAGGUUAGAAAAACGAAGAAGAAAAAUGAACGAACUGCCUUAUUUCAUUUCGUACCCGCCGUGGAGAUUGGAAAUCCAUAAAAUAGUAACUUCGAAGUAUUUCGAUUUAGCCAUAGCCUUGGUGAUAGGUUUGAACGUGAUAACCAUGGCUACUGAAAGGUACCACAUGCCGGAUUAUUGGGAGUACGCGUUAAGGAUUUUCAAUUAUUUCUUCACCGCGGUUUUCAUAUUGGAAAGUACCAUGAAAUUGGUAGCUCUCGGUUUCAAGAUGUACAGAAAAGAUAAAUGGAACCUCCUGGACGUCGCCAUUGUUAUAUUAUCGGUUGUGGGGAUCGUUAUAGAAGAGAUCGUUCAGGAUUUGAAGAUAAUACCCAUAAAUCCGACCAUUAUUAGAGUUCUGAGAGUAAUGAGAAUCGCCAGGGUUUUGAAGCUAUUGAAAAUGGCCAAAGGAAUCAGGGCACUUCUAGACACCGUCAUGCAAGCGCUGCCUCAAGUUGGUAAUCUAGGAUUGCUAUUUUUCCUUUUAUUUUUCAUUUUCGCAGCUUUGGGAGUCGAAUUGUUCGGUAGAUUAGAUUGUAACAUCACUCCGUGUCAAGGUUUGGGCGAACACGCGCAUUUCCAAAAUUUCGGUAUGGCUUUUCUGACUUUAUUUCGAGUGGCGACGGGAGAUAAUUGGAACGGUAUCAUGAAGGAUACUCUAGACGACGAGCACUGUGAUCAUGGGGACGAUUGCAUCAACAAUUGCUGCAUUUCACCAAUAAUCGCCCCGAUUUUCUUUGUGAUAUUUGUGUUGAUGGCGCAGUUUGUUUUAGUCAACGUCGUUGUGGCCGUUUUAAUGAAACACUUGGAGGAAUCCCACAAACAACUAGAGGACGAACAGGAUUUGGACGCGCAGCUCGAAAGGGAAUUCGUCGAAAAGCAAGAACUCAACGAAAAGGAAUUGUACCUUGCCCUUCAGGACGACCAACAAGGCCAAUCGCAAAAGAAACAUUUAUACAAAGUGCGUUCGUUACCGUCGAAUUUCACUUAUACCGCCCCCGGAGCGAAAGUUAUCCUAAAAAUAGAUAAUCCGACAAACGCGACUCCGAUCGCCCCUAUUAAAUCCAAUCGAAAACCCUUGAGGUACAUAGAGGAAGCCACGGACAUUUACAGUAUUGGUAAUUUAUCGGACGACGGUUUUCCACGUGAAAAUUUAGAGGAAUCGAAUGAAAAAUCGACGUUUCUAUCGGUACCGCUGCAAAAAGAAUUUUUACAAAGAUCCGGCAGCGUUAAAAACAUUCUUAAAAAACAAUUAUCCAUGGACGUACACGAGGAAUCUUCUAUUCUAUUAGCGGUACCCAAGUGCAAAAAUUAAACCCCCUAUCUCGAAAAAUUGAUAAAGCGAAAAGUAUUUUUCAUAUUUUCCGAUUUAGCUACUGAAUUACUUGUAUUUGUAUGCCUCCAGUUAAACGUUGUUAGUAAACAUUUAGAAAUUAAAUAUAUUUCAAUUAUUUUCUUUCAAA